AUGUCUGAACGAGAGGUUAUUUUGAAAGCUGCUCUAACCUCUCGCUUUUUCCUUAUCACAAUUCAAUACGUCUCCAAUUUACUGAUACCUGACCACGAAGCUGACGCUUACACCUAUCCAAAAAAUGAAGAUAAUGGAAUAUUUGAUAAACUAGUCACUCACUUACUGGGCGGUUUUGUGAGAUGGGACGCCCAUCAUUUUAUGCAUAUUGCAAUUUUUGGCUACACUUAUGAACACACGUUAGCAUUUUUCCCACUUUUUCCAUAUUCAGCUAAACCAGUUGUGGCAAUUUUAAGUUAUUUGCUUCCGUUUCUUUCAACUGAUUCAUUGACUCUCAUCACGUUAAUUACAGUCAAUAUUUUUUGUUUCGCACAAUCAGCGCUGUGCCUCUAUCAAUUAUCAGCCUUAAUAAUGAACAAAGAUUUGGCCUUGAAAGCUGCUAUUUUGUUCUGUUGCAAUCCCGCGUCUGUAUUUUUCACAGCCCCGUAUUCAGAAUCACUAUUCUGCUACUUGACUUUUAAAUCGAUGCUAAAUUCGGUCCUCUUGUAUAAAAAAUACAAAAAUCAGGGUUAUUUACUGAGUGAUGUCGCCUACAUUAUUCCAAUUUGUCUCAGCACAUGCACAAGGUCGAAUGGGGUCCUAAACAUUGGAUUUCUAGCCUAUGCGUUAAUCUGUCUCUUCCUUGAAAAAAUUAAAUUGGAAAAACAAAUAUGUAACCUCCUGUUAUGCCUUGCCAAAUUUAUUACAUUAGCCGCGGUUUUAGUUUUAAUUUGCCUAGUGCCAUUUAUUUGCUUCCAGUUUUAUGGCUACCAAACAUUUUGUAAAAAUUUUAAAAGUUAUCAAGUCCCUCUUGUUUUGGGCCACAAAAACAUUGAUAAUUUUGUACUACCUGGGACUUUUUCACAACACAAUCAGUCCUGGUGUUACAAGAAAAUGCCAUUGGCCUACUCUUACAUCCAGUCUCACUAUUGGAAAGUCGGUUUUUUGCAGUAUUACGAACUUAAACAAAUUCCUAAUUUUUUGCUCGCAAGUCCGAUCAUUUUAAUUAUAUUAGGACACUCGUUACAUUUUCUUAAAGAGUUUCCUAAAUCAAUUAGUAAAUUAUUCAACUUUGAUUUAAUUUCCGUAAAGUCAGUGCGCACUAAAAAGUUUUUCCCGGUUAUGGCGGUGUUUAUCGUUCACGCCAGUGUUCUGACCCUUUUUUGUGUCUUCAAUAUCCACGUCCAAGUAACCACACGAAUGUUGUGUUCCGCAAGCCCUGUUAUUUAUUGGUUUUGUUCGUACUACGUAACGGAUGUUAAUUUAUUCAAAAAUUUGAUUGCAAGAAAAUGUAACUGGGGCGAGUUGUUGGUACUUAGCUAUUUUCUCGGGUAUUAUUUCGUAGGGACCGUAAUGUUUUGUAAUUUCCUGCCCUGGACUUGA